AUACAGUGGCCGGCCAGCUUUAUGUCAAAGAAGUGGCUCUUCCUUCUUCUUGUUGUUCAGGCAAGACAGAUUUCUCCGUGCGUAUUCGACAGAGUAGAGAUGGUACGCGGCAAAUACUAUCAGAAAGUUAAAAGUGAGAAUGAGUGCUUUGCUCAAUGCUACGAGGACAACAACUGCAUUGCAUUUGCUCACAGGAAAGUCGAAAAAUCGUGCUAUUUGUUCAAAGCUGGAGAUACUCCAUACGACUGCAUCCCCGGCAAUAUCUGCUACGCCAUUCAACGCGAUGAGGUGGAUUCAAUGUGCGAAAGAUACGUGGAUGUUUGAACGAAAAGAGAAAUAGUUAUGUUACCCUCGGU